AGCGCCUGACUGCUAUAAUAGUAUCAUGAAUAUAAUUUGUUUAUUAUUUGAUGUCAUUCAUUUCAAACUUAACUAUAAUAGUCGAAUGAAUUAUCAUAUAAAAACCUCAAAAAAAAAAAAUUCCCCUUUCGCUACGGAUAUAUGAUUUCCUUUGGAUAAAGAAUUAUUAGUUAUUAAUUAUUUUUAUUGUUAAAGUAUGAGUCACCGUGACGUUCAUAACCCUUUCCUGUUCGAAAUUGCUUGGGAGGUUGCAAACAAAGUUGGAGGAAUUUAUACGGUAAUAAAAACCAAGGCUCCCGUAACAGCUCAUGAGUUUGGUGACAGAUAUACGCUCAUUGGACCUUUGGCCUACAAGACUGCUGCUGCAGAGGUUGAAGCAGAAAAAGUUACUAAUCCUCAUAUGAAAGAAAUCCUUGAUGAAAUGACAAGUCAAGGGGUCAAAUGGAUGUAUGGUCGAUGGUUAAUAGAGGGAGCUCCCCAUGUUCUUUUAUUAGACACCAAUUCAAUUGCUGAUAGAUUAGAUUCAUGGAAGGGUGAUUUAUGGAACGUUGCCGGAAUUCCUUCACCACCAAAUGAUCAAGAAACAAAUGAUGCUAUUUUAUUUGGUUAUCUUGUUGGAUGGUUUUUGGGAGAUUUUGUAGCUCGAGAAAAAAAGAAAGCUGUUAUAGCACAUUUUCACGAAUGGCUCGCUGGUGUUGCUAUUCCUUUGCUCCGUAAACGUCGUACAGAACUGACCACAAUUUUCACAACACACGCGACUCUUUUGGGACGAUAUCUAUGUGCUGGCUCUGUCGAUUUUUAUAAUAAUAUACAACAUUUUUCGGUUGAUGAAGAAGCUGGAAAACGUGGAAUAUAUCACCGUUAUUGUAUUGAACGUGGUGCCGCACAUUGUUGUGAUGUGUUCACAACAGUUAGUCAAAUUACGGCUUUCGAAGCUGAGCAUUUAUUAAAAAGGAAACCAGAUGGGGUUCUUCCAAACGGAUUAAAUGUUGUAAAAUUUUCCGCCAUGCAUGAAUUUCAAAAUUUACAUGCAAGGAAUAAAGAAAAGAUUCAUAAUUUUGUCCGCGGACAUUUUUACGGCCAUUACGAUUUUGAUCUUGACAAUACUCUAUAUUUCUUUACAGCUGGUCGCUAUGAGUAUAGAAAUAAGGGUGUUGAUAUGUAUAUUGAAUCUCUAUCUCGUCUUAACCAUAGACUAAAAGCUUGUAAUUCACCAAUGACCGUUGUUGCAUUUAUUGUCAUGCCUGCGGCAACUCAAUCAUUUGCUGUGGAAGCACUGAAAGGUCAAGCUGUUACAAAACAACUUCAGGAGACAGUAAAAGACAUCACAGAGAAAAUCGGUCAGAGAAUAUUUGACAAAGCUGCACGCUAUACGGGUGGUGAUAUUUCACGUGCUGUCAUAAAUCCAUCGGAAUUAUUGACAAACGAAGAAAAAAUACUGCUAAAACGACGCGUUAUUGCUCUUAAAAGAAAUUCACUGCCACCAAUAGUUACACACAAUAUGAUUGACGAUGGUUCGGAUCCUAUUUUAACCCAAUUACGUCGUCUGCAGCUUUUCAAUCACCCAUCUGAUCGCGUAAAAGUCGUAUUCCACCCUGAAUUUCUAAGUUCCAACAAUCCUUUAAUCAGUAUUGAGUAUGAAGAUUUUGUUCGUGGUUGCCAUCUUGGCGUGUUUCCAAGUUAUUAUGAGCCUUGGGGAUAUACUCCUGCAGAAUGCACUGUAAUGGGUGUACCAUCUGUUACCACUAAUCUUUCAGGAUUUGGCGGAUUCGUCGAGGAAAUACUAGAGAAAUCUUCAGAUUAUGGUAUCUACAUAGUAGAUCGUCGGUUGAAAUCAGUUGAUGAAUCCGUUGAACAGCUCGCGGAUUGUAUGUUACAAUUCUGCCAAAAAUCACGGCGUCAAAGAAUUAAUCAACGUAACAGAACUGAAAGAUUAUCGGAUUUGUUGGAUUGGAAAGUUUUGGGAAUGGAAUAUGUGAGAGCAAGAAAACUUGCACUACAUAGAGCUUAUCCAGAUUCAUUUGCAGGCAGCGAAUCCGGUGGGUUUGAUCAACAAAAAGUUAAAAUCCCAAAACCACUAUCAGCCCCUGCAUCUCCAAGAAUUCGUGGAGGUAAUGUUUCAGUGGAUGAUUUAACGAGUAAUAUGCAACAAUUAGGAUAUGAAGAUGAUGAAUAUCCAUUUCCUCCAUUUCCACUUAUCGUGAAACGACCUAAUUCGGAACGUGACUUGUUAACUUGAACAAUAAAUUAUUGUCAUGUAGACUGAACUAGUUAUUAUAUACGUAUUUAUGAAUAAACAAUUAGCAGAACUCUAAAAAAUAGUCAGGAUAAAUGGAUAACUUAUUAUAUUUAUAUAUUUUAUUAUAUAUAAGUACUUAUUUAUUUCGAAAAAAAAAAUUCUUUGUAUUUUUUUUGAAAAGUUUUAAUAAACAGAAAAAGAUUCUAUAAAUUUUCAAUUACCAAAUUUAUACAAACUUUAGUUGUUAUUAUUAAAUCUGACGUUUAUUAUUAUUCACGAAUUUAUUCGUCUCUGCCAAAAUAUCUAAUUCGUCUCUUUAUAAUGCGAA